AUGAUCCCUAUUCAGUCGCGGAUACGCGACAUGGCGCUGGCCAAGUCCAGUGCCUUGGCUCCCGUGGCCAGCACUGAUCCAGCACAAGUGAGCUUCUCCUGGAGUGGGAGCUCCUUCGAGUGCUCGCCUCUCUCCAACCCAUCCGCUCCUCCGCCCACGCCAACCGACUCUUUACUCGACAUCCACCCGCGCAAGUCUUCAUUCUCCAGCGAGUAUGUCUCUAUCAACGGGCGACUGUCACGACUCCUGCACCAACGCCUAUCUCUCCGACGAAGACCUGCUGUGGAUGCCCGAGAACGCCGGUGCCGAGCCCCCGAGCUAGAUGAGGAUGCUACCAAGACCCACGAGAUGGUCUCUUCCUUAACCAUGGAGCAACAGUUGGCACGCAUGCGCGCCGUCGCCGAGGAAGAAGAUCGCCUUCGCUUCCUGGCCAAGGUCGAGGCCCACGCCCGAGCAACCCAGGCCCUCCGACAGACCAAGCUGGCCAUGCACGAUCGCGACACGACCAGCUCCAAGCGCAAGAAGCGUCGAGUCGUCCCAACUCCCAAGCGACGCGCCCACUCGUCAUCGGCCAAAGUAUCGAUUGCCGCGCACUAA